AAAAAUAAAUGAAAAAAAGGUUAACCAUUCAGCUCACCUUCGCCAAACACACAAGCAGCUAUUCCUGAAUGAUAUAACAAUCCUUCAUUUAAUGCACUUCACUUUUAGGGUGCCAGGGUAACAUGGAGAUCGACAAAGCAAUUAGAGAGUGUGACGAUCGAAGACUCCAGACCAAGUACAUCAAUGCUGUCUAUGUUAUUCAGAGAGCUUUGGCUUUGUAUUCUAUUGAGGAGGUUGCCUUCAGUUUUAAUGGUGGAAAGGAUUCAACGGUUUUGUUGCACCUACUCAGGGCUGGCUAUUUCUUGCAUAAAAGGGGGGAUAAUAGUGCCAAUGAGAAUCUAAAAGAUUUUCCUAUUCGAACAAUAUAUUUUGAGAGUCCUUGUGCUUUUGCAGAGAUCAACUCAUUUACGUAUGAUGCAGCUGCCACCUAUGGUUUGCAAAUUGACAUUAUUCGCUCAGAUUUCAAGUCCGGCUUGGAGGCUUUGCUGAAGGAUAAGCCAAUUCGAGCUAUUUUCCUUGGAGUUCGAAUUGGGGAUCCUACCGCGGUUGGCCAAGAACAAUUCUCCCCAAGUUCACCUGGGUGGCCACCUUUUAUGAGAGUGAAUCCCAUUUUAGAUUGGUCAUACAGAGAUGUGUGGGCCUUCCUUUUAACUUGCAAGGUGAAAUAUUGCAGUCUUUAUGAUCAAGGUUAUACUUCAAUUGGGAGCAUAUAUGACACGGUUCCCAAUUCAUUAUUAUGCAUUAGCAAUUCUUCCAAUAAAUUCAAACCUGCAUAUUUGCUUGCUGAUGGAAGAUUAGAGAGGGCAGGAAGGGUUAAAAAGUUAUCUUCUACUUGUGGUCAACUUCCUGCUGAUAACAAUGGCUUGAGUAACUUGGAUUUGCACAACAGUAUGCUCACAGCAUCGGUCAUUGCUGUGGGAGAUGAGAUUCUGUUUGGCAUUGUUGAGGAUCAGUUGGGACCUUCGUUGUCUAGGAAGCUUCAUUCCAUUGGUUGGUCUCUAUUACAACUUUCUGUUGUCCACAACAAUAUAGAUUCCGUGGCAGAAGAAGUUGAGAGACAGAAAUCUACAAGUGAUAUGGUAUUUAUAUAUGGAGGUGUAGGUCCGCUGCAUUCAGAUGUGACCUUAGCAGGUGUUGCAAAAGCUUUUGGUGUUCGUUUGGCUCCUGAUGAAGAAUUUGAAGAAUAUCUCAGGCAUACUAUUGGUGAUCACUGUACUGGUGACCAGAAUGAGAUGGCUCAACUGCCAGAGGGCAUAACUGAAUUAUUGCAUCAUAACAAGUUGUCCGUACCUUUGAUCAAGUGCCAAAAUGUAAUAAUUCUUAGUGCAACAAAUGUGUUGGAGCUAGAAAAGCAGUGGGACUGUUUGAUUGAAUUAACAAGAUCUAUUGACCUGCUUGCAUUGCUGGAACCAUAUGUAUCAAAGCUUGUGACAACAAAUCUUUCAGAUGUUGAAAUUGCUCCACCUCUUUCAAAGCUUUGCCUAGAAUUUCCAGACCUUCACAUUGGGUGUUUCCGCAAAUCCAGAUAUGGAUCUCUUAUAGUAUGUUUCAAAGGAAAGGACCAAGCUCGCAUUGAAUCCGCUAUAAAAGCAUUACACAAUAAAUUUCAACCUGGUUCUUUCAUGGAGAUGGGCUAGUAUGAUAUUCUACAACAUGGUCCUCUCUACUGGAUUAUUAGAACAUAUUCAAGAUUUUAGUUGUUGGGACAAUAUCAUUCUCAUUAGGGGAAUCCAGAAAUAAAUGACGCUUGAUGAUUGGGAUGAAGAUAGUAUAGGAAGAAAAUCAAGUUUGCUUCUAUCUUGGUAGUAGUAGACAGAACGAAGGUACAAAUAGAUGGCAGAAGCUUCAAUUCUUUUGUGAUAGGGAAUGGAUUUCACAGUAGUUUUAACUGCUUCAAGUGACUUGGAUAACCAAUUGAUUGUUAUUAAAUUGUUAUCUGAUUAGCUGAAUUUAUAG